CCAGGAGAAAAAAUGAGUAAAUCACGUAUAUCUUCAGACGAAUUUGUCACAGCUGAUUUAGGACUUUUGGAAGAAAAAGAGAAAGCCUUGGAACAAUCUUCUAAUGACUCCAGUAGCAGCUCGACCAGUUCAGAGAGUACAGAUGAAACUUCGAGGGGGAAUUGGUCAGGGCGACUGGAUUUCCUCCUCUCCUGUAUCGGUUAUGCCAUAGGUCUGGGAAAUAUUUGGAGGUUCCCUUACCUCUGCUACAAAAAUGGAGGAGGGGCAUUUCUCAUACCCUAUACCAUAUUUCUGGUGCUGUGUGGAAUCCCUCUGUUUUUCAUGGAGGUGAUAUUUGGACAGUUUGCCAGCCUUAGUCCAAUCACUAUCUGGAGGAUUUGUCCACUAUUCAAGGGUGUUGGGUAUGGUAUGGUGAUAAUUUCCGGAAUUGUGUGUGUGUAUUACAACAUCAUCAUUUCCUGGACCCUCUACUACUUGUACCAUUCUCUUCGAGCUGUCUUACCUUGGAGCACAUGCAACAACUGGUGGAAUACAGAACAGUGUUACAUACGUACUGGCCUCAAUACCACAACGCAAGCCAACAAUGAAACAACAACAACGAAUAAUUUCAACCGCACCUUGACUGCUCAUAACACGUCAUCUCACCAUGUCACAGCAGGAAAUUCUUCUCUGGUCGCUGGAAAUGUGUCUGCUGCUGUUCAGAGUGUUACUAACAGGAUGACAGCCAGUGAGGAAUUCUGGGAGAGAGGAGUGCUACAGAGGACAAGUGGGAUAGAGGACAUGGGAGAAGUGAGGUGGGAACUCCUCAUCUGUCUCUUCCUUGCCUGGAUUGUCAUCUUCCUCUGCUUGUGUAAAGGUGUCAAGUCAUCCGGGAAGGUUGUGUAUUUUACAGCUACCUUCCCAUACCUAGUGCUGCUGAUUCUACUUGUUCGUGGAUUGACACUCCCCGGCGCUGGAGAAGGCAUUAAGUUCUAUCUUAUCCCAGACUUCAACAAGCUUAAAAACUUUCAGGUGUGGGGUGAUGCUGCAGUACAGAUUUUCUACUCCAUAGGUCCUGCUUGGGGUGGUCUUAUCACCAUGGCAAGCUAUAACAAGUUCCAUAACAACUGUUACAGGGAUGCCAUGAUCGUGCCCUUUGUUAACUGUGGGACCAGUGUCUUUGCUGGGCUGGUCAUAUUCUCUGUGCUUGGAUUCAUGGCCCAUGAAACAGGAGUGGACAUAGAAAAAGUCGUCACACAUGGCCCCGGACUGGCAUUCGUGGCAUACCCGGAGGCAAUGACAACACUUCCUAUCUCCCCUCUUUGGGCUGUCCUCUUCUUCCUGAUGUUGUUUACAGUUGGACUUGAUACCCAGUUUGGGAUGUUUGAAACUAUGACAAGUGCAUUUGUGGAUGAGUUCCCAGAUCUCCUCGCAAACAGGAAAGAACUAUUUACAGCUCUCAUGUGUUUUAUCGAGUUCCUGUUGGGUGUCCCUUGUGUGAUGCAGGGAGGUGUGUACAUUCUCCAGAUUAUGGAUUGGUACUGUGCAACAUUUUCCCUCAUGCUCCUCUGCUUAGCUGAGUGUAUAGCUAUCGCCUGGAUUUAUGGAGCGGACCGUUUUUACAAGGACAUAGAACUUAUGAUUGGUUACCAGCCAAACAUUUGGUGGAAAAUCUGCUGGUGUUUUAUCUCUCCUUCCAUGAUUACGUUUGUGUGGAUAUUCAGUGUAUCAAGCUUCACUCCAGUGACAUACGGAGAUUACGAGUACCCAAGCUGGGGAAUCGCCCUUGGCUGGAUGUUUGGUCUGGCUUCCCUGGUACCUAUUCCGCUAUGUGCUAUCAUCUCCAUCUGGUGUGAACGUGGAUCUCUUGUCUCGAGAAUACAAAAGCUUUGUCAGCCAACUGAAGACUUCGGCCCAGCUGUACCAGAAUAUCGGGAGAAAUACUUUGCCUCACUGGAUACGAGACGUUCUUACUUCCCUACACUCCGCAACAGAUGUCCACGGUCCAAACUUUCUAUGACAGAACUUCGCUCAUCACCAGAGUCGCAGAUCUUCAUUACAUCAUCAUGAGACUGAUGUUACAGAACACACUUGUCAAGGUUUUGUCAUGUGAUUCAUUUUAGUUAUUACAUAACUGGAUUAUUAUAGUUACUUGGUCAUUUUCUGACCUCAAACUGUUUGCUGUAGAACUGUCUCCAUCUUUUCAGAUGUUUUCCACGUCAGAAACCAUACACACAGCAGAUCGACAGUCUCUUCAUGGCUUAUUUCUUUGGUUUAUUCCAUAUGUCCUGAAGUGCUUAACUGUUGCCUUGUGACAGUCUGACUUCCUCUGUGUUGUCCAGAGGUUGUUUAUAGGCUUACGAUCUGACUAAACUUUAAAUUCAAUGAUUUACACAAUAUUGAACUGCAAAACUAUAAACUGAAUACAAUAUCAUCAAAAUUUAUGUAAAAGAAAAAAAAAAAUUUCAAUAAUGAAUUAGUUGAAAUGUUUUUAGAAAAGAAUCAUGAUUAGAUUUAAAUCAGUAUGUUUUUAGACCGGUGUUUUGCCUAUAGUGUUUUAGGAUAGCUAGAACUUCAAAUGUUUUGAUACUUGUAUAGAAUAGAAAGUGAAGUCUGUAGUGUGGGGAUUUACACUUGUGAUAUUAUAUGAGCGGUGUUAGGAAUGACUGCCCAGAAAAUCACAUGUAUAUUAUUCAAGCUAGGUUAUGUUUAUAUGUAAAAAUAUUUCUAAGAAUCUUUAACAAUAAUUCAUUUUUAACUAACUGAUAACUACAAUAAAAUUUUCAAGGAAAAGAAUAAACAACAGUGAUUGUACUCACCGUUUACAAAAUUGGAGGGUCAUUGAGUUCUUGUGUAUAUUAAUGUCAGACCCUGGUCACUAAAAUGAUGUCUGUAUUUAUAUAUAAGUUCAGAAUUUACGAUUUGGACAUUAUUAAUCAUUGGUAAGUUAAGUACUUCUAUGUUGAAGUAUUUUUCUUGUACAGAAUUAUUAUAGGUAAAAUACCAUGCAUAAAUGAAUACUUGAUUGUACAAUUUGAAUAACAUAUUUUUUUAUAUAUGAAAAACCCCUAUUUGAACAUUUUUACUUAAUUUUCUAGUCAGUUUACAUGUGAUGGACUAUUGAACGACAUGUUAUUUUAGCUACAUUUAUAUAGAACGUGAGAUGAAAGGCUUAAAUCCGAAAACCUUCAAGUGGAAGAUUGAAAGCCUAAAAGGCUUAUCAAUGUAACUUUUUCUAGUUGUAAAGGAACAAUAUCUAGAUAUCAAUGCAAUAUCAUGUACCAUAUAUGGAUAUACCAUUCAAUGUCGUUUUGUACCGUCUUCAGAAAAGUCAUCUCUGACAUAUUUUUUCAGCAAGAAGGGUGCUAAUUAUUUCCUCAACAGUAUUGAUGUCCCAUAGAAUGAUGACAUAGAGUAAAUUCAUUUUAAAUUUCCAUUCCCAUCUUCUUUAAUGACAAGAUCUUCGUGUGAAAUAUUACAGCCGUUAUUUUGUACAUAUUCAAAUCAAGAGUAGAAUAUGUCACAAAUAGAUUGAUAAUUUGUAAAGCUGUAAUCCAGCAUUGUCGAAAUUCUCUCACUAACCAGUCAGAAGAGGAUAUAAUUAAGCUUUAUACUCAGUACUAAGUCAUUAUCUAAUGUUUUGUGAUCAAGUAGCUCAGUGGUAACCCAAUGGCCUUUCAUUGAGACAUCCGGAGUUAAUUCUCCAAACAGACACGCAAAGGUAUGGGAUCAUUCGCCUGACCACACUAGUGUUUCUUAGGUAUUUCAGUAUUCUCCCACAUUAAGACCCCUCACAGGCUUUAUCCAGGCAAACAAGACUGAUUAAUAUAAGAUUUGAUUACUGUGGUAAGAAUAUUUUUUGUUCUUUUUCCCGGUAUUUUGUUGAUAAUUUUAUACGUGAUCAUUUUUGUAGAUUUUUUACAUUCCGUUCACAGGUUUAGUAGGUGUUGUUAAGGAGUACCAUUCAGUUACAGUCAGUAUGACCAGAUCACAGCAUUUUAUCAAUCAUUUUUAUAGAGUAGCUGCCAUUGCCAUGAUAUGACGCUGACAUAGCUCCAAACCAUACAGUUCAUCUUCAAAGAUAUUUCUUCAAUUUGUAUGUGUGUAUUAUUAGUCUGUUCAGAGCCAUACAGCGACGCCUACUAGAUAUAUAUUACAAGUCUUUCUGGGUUGAACAUGUACAUCCAUAGUUGAUAGUUGGCCGAGAGACUCAGUUUGUUCAUUUAGGAUAUUUUGCAUGACACAACAUUAUACAGAUAUUUGAUUUUAAUGUUAAUGUUUUUUGUUGAAAUACAUUUUUCAUUGAAAAAUGUGCUCAAUAUGGAUGUGGAGUAGGAGAAUCAAACUUUGCUUGGGGUUCUUUUUUAUCAAAUGUGCAAAGGUUUAAGCAUAGAUAUAUUAAGGUACCCUCUGGAGUUCAUUGGAUAAAAGUUAGGUUUGUUUUUUAUAAUAUAAAAAUUUUAAAUGUAAAAAAAAAAAUUCUUUUACGUGUCUUUGUAGGAUAAGAGUAUUCUUCCCUCAGGUCAGAAACAAAAGUGUGAAGCCCGCAGCAGAGGAUCAAGUUUUAUCACUUUUAAUGAUGGUGGAAUAUCUUUAUUUCAAUGAUACAGUAAUUAUUGUGAUAAAGAGUUUAUGACAUAUCAAAUAGGUUCAGUAAUUAAUGUGAUUCAGAGGUUUGAGUCAUAAAGGUUUACCCGAUAUUUAAAGAGCCACUUAUUUAGCACUCUCAAAGCAGUGUCAUCAGUUUGCUGAAAUUAUCAGUUUGUUUUGUCGCGCUUAAGAAGAGAAGAUAAAUCUGUUUUGUUGUGUAAAGGCCUUCUAUAAUUGGUUGGGGCAAUGUUUUACUGAAAUUCACAUGUGUAGCUUAUAAGGCUUAUAUCUAGCUUUGCCUAGGAAAGUCUCUGUGUAAAAGUGUUAGAGUAUUUUAUACAUUGCACAUCUCAUAAUGAGAUUCACACAUUUUUAUUAUAAAUUCACCGUUUGUGCUUAUAAGUUAGUAAAUUUUUAAAUUCAUAUGUUUAGCAAAGAAUGAGGUCAAGAAUGAAUUAAUGAGGCAUUUUAUAAAAGAUAAGUAAAUUUGUUUUGCCAAACAUUGUGUUUUGUCAGGUCUGUAAAGCUCAAAUAACUACAUAAAUUGGUUGAGUAAUUAUCAUAUACAUGGUUUUGAUUUUCAUUACAUUGCUGAAUAUAUAGCUACUUGUAUUGAACUAUUAUUACACUAAAUUAGCCGAUAAAAACUCUGUCUUGACAAAAACUACAUAUGUUAUUAAGGCUUGAUUUGCAAUGCAGCUGUAUGUUUUGAUAUUCAAAGAAAAAUAAUACUAGGCAGUAAAAUUAUCACUGGAAACAUU